AUGGUAUUAAAAUAUGCAGAUGGCGGAAAUUUACGUCAAUAUAUUCGGAAAAAAUUUCCAUGUAGAGGUUGGUUUAAAAAAUUGUCAAUAUUAAAAAAAAUUAUAGAAGGUCUUCAUAACAUUCAUAAGGCAAAUUAUAUACAUCGUGAUUUAUAUCCAGGAAAUAUAUUAAUUCUGAAAGAACAUAAUAAUUUAGAAGUAUAUAUUUCUGAAUUAGAUUCAUGUGCUAAUUUAAAUUCUGAACCAGUACAACAAUUGUAUGGUAAUUUAUCAUAUAUUGCUCCUGAAGUUAUAGUAGAAAAUGGAAACUUAACCUCUAUUAAAUCAGACAUUUAUAGUAUUGGUAUUAUAAUGUGGGAAUUGGUAUCAGGAGAUGAACCAUAUUCCGAUUAUGAAAUUGAUAAUGAAGAUGAGUUGAUUCUUGAUAUAAUUAAUGGUGUACGUCCAAAUAAUGUAAUUGGAACUCCAAAAUGUUAUCAUGAAUUGAUGCAAAAAUGUUUAGAUGCUGAUCCAGAAAAACGACCUACCACUCUAAACUUACUUGAAGAGCUUCACGCAUUUACUACAGCUCCGUUUAAAAAGCAUCAGUUUGAAGCUGCUGAUCGUCGAGUACGUGGUCAACCUCUUGGAACCAGGCCUAGUCAAUUAACUAAGGAUAAUGUCAAAAUAGUUGUAGAAUCAAUUAAUGUUGCGGAAGCUUAUGCUGGAACAACUAGUUUUAGGUUUACUAAUAGGUCUCUUCAGUUCGACUUUAGCUUACCUAAGCCAAAAAAUGCUAUUGAAAAAAGCUUAUAUUUUAAUGGCGAAGGGUUAUUAGAUGAAUGA